AUGGCUGAGGUGGAAGCGGUACCAACCUUUGGUACCGAGUUGAAGGAUGGCUUCAAACCCGCUAAUGCUUGGGUAGCCAACGGUAUCGCGUGGCUAGACGACAUACAGAAUUUCUACCGAGAACGAAGUGUGAUUGAGAAGGAACACAGCGCAAAGCUCAAUGCAUUAGCUAAGAAGUACUUUGAAAAGAAAAAUAAAAAGUCGGCUAGUUUGAGUGUUGGCGACACGCCUGCUAUGACUCCGGGCUCCCUCGAGAAUGCAUCCCUAACUAUAUGGACAACCCAUCUUACAACCCUCGAAUCACUAGCCGACGAGCACGAGAAAUACGCAAAUGAACUUAUCCAAAAGGUCGCCGAUCCCCUGAAAUAUUAUGCAGGCAGGUUCGAAGAGCUACGUAAGCGUCACGUCGAAUAUGCCACGAAACUCGAAGCCGAAAGAGAGUCCUCGUAUGCCGACCUGCGCAAGACUAAAACAAAGUAUGAUGCGGCAUGCCAGGAGGUGGAGAGCAAGCGAAAGAAGACCGAGUCCGCCUUUGACAAGGCAAAGGCACAAAGCCAUUAUCAGCAGCAGCUGUAUGACAUGAGCAACGUCAAGAACACGUAUUUGAUAGCUAUCAACGUGACCAAUAAGCAGAAGGAAAAGUAUUAUCACGAAUAUAUCCCUGAACUGCUGGACAGCUUACAAGACCUAUCCGAAUUCCGUACCAUGAAAUUAAAUACGCUAUGGACUACGGCUGCCAAUCUAGAGACGGCAAUGCUCCGGCAGAGCACUAGCCUUGUCGACAACGUCGCUCAGGAAAUAUCUAGGAACCAACCGCACUUAGAUUCUAUGAUGUAUAUCCAGCAUAACAUGGGUCCGUGGCAAGAACCAUCUGAUAAGGUGUUCGAGCCCAGCCCGGUAUGGCACGAUGACGACCUCAUGGUCACCGACGAACCGGCCAAGGUAUUUUUGCGCAACGUACUAAACAAAUCCAAAGGUCAGCUAGGGGAUCUCCGACGAGAAGUUGAUAAAAAGAGAAGAGAAAUCGAUGGUGUAAAGCGUAUUAAGCAAAGGAUACGGGAGGGAACGGAAAACAAGGACGAGGUGCUUGUUGUAUCGCAGAUUUUUUCCAUGCAGGAGGACUUGCAUCAAGUAGACCGGAAAAGGUUGACGGCCGAAGUUGAAACAUCAACCAUCACAUCGGCAGUUGGGGAUGUCACCCUGGGCGCCAAAAACCACAAUUUCAAGUCGCAAACGUUUAAGAUACCAACGAAUUGCGACUUGUGCGGUGAACGAAUAUGGGGGCUAUCCGCUAAGGGCUUUGAUUGCAGGGAUUGCGGAUAUACAUGUCACAGUAAAUGUGAAAUGAAAGUGCCUGCCGAAUGCCCUGGAGAGCUAUCCAAAGAAGAACGCAAGAAGUAUAAGUCGGAACGACAGUCAGCAGCAGGAGCUCUACUAAAACCUCCUUCCGGUCCACCAGACCACGUUGCAGAACUCCCAGAUUUGAGUCGAUCCAAUACUUUGAACUCUUUAAGCUCUGGAUACGCCGCAAGUGCUAAUCGAUCGAUAAGCGGCUCGACGGUAAGCCCGCGUGCCCCUGCUGAAGAACCACAAGCACCCCCCGAACCUUCAGGCCCUCGACCCGCCGUUAAAAAGAGUCGUCUUGUCGCUCCGCCUCCUGCCGCAUAUAUCAGUGAGCUACCUGGUAGCCUAGUUAGUAGCCCCGUCUCAAAGAAGACUGGUGAACAGAAGGGUAAGAUGCUGUACGGCUUCGAUGCCAAUGGGGAUACCGAACUCUCCGUUCCUGAGGGGCGGGAGGUUAUUAUCCUUGAGCCUGAUGAUGGAUCAGGAUGGGUUAAAGUCCGUGCUGGUUACAAGGAAGGUUUAGUACCCGCCACCUACCUAGAAAUCUUCCCCGAGCCGAUCAUCCCCCAAGAUACGGGCUCUUCUUCAAUAAACAACCGACCUGCAUCCGUUUAUUCAAACUCGGGGUCAUCCAUAAACACGACUGGCCCAGGUAUCAAGAAGAAAGGACCAGCAGUCGCACCGCGCCGGGGUGCUAAGAAGUUGAAGUACGUUGUCGCGCUGUACGACUACGCAGCGCAGAGCGAAGCCGAGCAUAGUAUGACGGAGGGCGAAAGAUUUGUGCUGAUCAAGGAAGACCCAGGGGAUGGUUGGGCCGAAGUAGAAAAAGGGGGCGCGACUAAGAGCGUACCGGCGAGUUACGUACAGGUAGUAACAGACUAG